AUGUCAAUCAGAAAAGUACGAACAAAAAUUCGUGGCAGGGCAACAGAAGAAAGAGAUUGCCCGCUUGCGGCAUCAGCGUCGAGUGGUCAAACAAAAGUGGUCGAGUACUUCCCGACCAUCCACCGUGAUCAAGUCAAAAAAUUUAAACGUCUUAAGGUGUUUGCCGAAAAUGAUGAGGUAAAAGCUACUAAGCAUACUCUGGAAUCACCCAAAAAGAUGGCUCGUUUAAAAUCACCGCAAAUAUCUGAGAAAAAAACUGAAAGUGACAGCCAAAAAUGGGUUUUGCCAAUAACAUAUGAGGCAGAGGUCGUUCCGAAGAGUGGUAAGGUAAAUAAGAGUGAUAAUGAUGCUGAUGAAUCCAGUUUGGAAGUUGUGGAGAACGGUAAACUAUCUACGUGUUCAAUAAAGAGAAUAACAGGAACUGAGUCGAAAGAAAAGCGGAAAGAUGUGUACGAUAAAAUUAAGCAUGGUACGGUGGAAGUUGGUAUUACAGUCCCUCUUGAAACUGAAACGAACAAAGCAGAUAGUGCUGAUCUGAGCGUUCUGCCAAGCGCAGUAAAAUUGGUUGAAAGCAUUAAAAGCAGUGCAAAAUCGACUUUAAGUGAUACACUUCCUCUUCCUGCAAAGUAUGAACGCUUACUGCGUUUGUUCGACUAUACAGAAGUGGUUGUUUCAUGGUUAGAAACGCAAGGAAAACGAAUUACGUUGAAUGAAGUGAUGACUAAUGUUCAACGUAAAUUGAAAAGCAACUAUAAUGAGCAACAAUUCGCAAUGAUACUGUCGAUAUACCCUGAAUCCUAUAAUAUUCGAUGUGAGCGACGUUGGAUGCCGAUUGGUGGCAGGCACUGUAAUUUCAAAGAAUAUGAAUAUGUAAUUGAACCGAAUCUUAUUAAUGACCUUGCUUUUCCGCCGAAAGAAAAUCUGGAAGAAACUUCUUUGUCGAACUCUUCACCGGUCAAACCAGUAUUGGGCUCACCUUGCAAAAUUCCUCUAAUUUCACUUUCCCGAAGUUCGAUGGCCUCGCCAUCUAUGAGAACUGUGAUGAAGUCACCGAUCAAAUCACCAUAUGGACCGGAUGUGUUUACUAGGUGCCCUCCAAAACUAGAAAGUCAUCGUUUACAUCGGAAACUGGAAUUCAAAAGUCGUUUACGCAAGCUGGUAAAUAUACAGCAUGCUGCUUUUUUGAAAAAUGAAGGAAUUGAAAUUUCACCCGAUGAACAACUUCCAAGAUAUCAUCCUGAUUUUGACCUUGACGCUGUAAAUGACAUCAUACCUGCGAAUUUACCUGAAAUGCCAAAAGGUGAUGCUGGUCAACCUGAAACGAUGAGGGAAUAUUUGAAAGCAGUGCCUGAUAGCAGUGGUACUCUUCCUGAGAAGAUUAAGAUGGUGAUCAAGGAACUCAGAAGUCCGGAAAAGAAAAUCGCUGUUGUUGCUGACAAAUUCAUACCGUUAUCGCCGAAAAAAUAUGUAGAAACGAAAAACUCUUCAAAACCAAGUCUCUUGGAAAGAAUUCGAGCCAAAGAGCGAGAGCGGAAGCAGCGGGAAAUGAUGCGAAAUCCCGAAAUGGAGCAAAGGAAAGGAAGGUUGGAAAGGAUUUCCCAUUCGUUGCUACAGUGCAUUUGCAGCUACUACAAUUUGAAAAAGAUUGGAUCAGUGAAAUUUGCGGAAUUGAUCGAUAAAUUGGCUUUCAGUAUUGGCUGUAUUUCGAAAGUGGAAAUUGAAGCAAUUAUUAAUUUACUCUGCGAAGUUUGUCCGACAUACUUUAAAAUCGUCGAAGUACGGGGCGAGAAGUACGUUCAUUUCAAGAACAACAGUUUCACUGCUAUUCGAGAUCUUGUCAAUGCAGAGAUCAAGAAAUGUGUCUAGUAAGACGACAUUUGAGAGUGUAAAAGUUGGCAGAAUGCUUCAGACAAUAGAUUUUGAGUGUCAAGAUUUCGGUAGGAAGAGUUUUGUUUUUUUGGGUCACUGUGUUAUCACAUUUAUUACUCAUAUUGUCCACUUCGUGAUGUAUAUCUUAUUACUUUCUGAAUGCCUUCUAACAGUUUCCUAGUUC